GGUGCUGGGAGCUGUCAGUGUCAGGCUCAGGAGAGAGGAAGUGAUCGCUCCGGGAGGAGCGCGAGCCUAACCGCGCAGCGUGAGACAGCACAUCCUGCCGGCGCGGGGCCCGCCGCUCUCCGUCCUCCCGUGCCUCCUCCACCGCCCGGGUGAGCCUCCGAGGACAGCGUCCAGGAAGCAACGAUGUCUGACAAGAGCGACCUAAAGGCUGAGCUGGAGCGCAAAAAGCAGCGCUUGGCCCAGAUAAGAGAGGAGAAGAAGCGAAAGGAGGAAGAACGGAAGAGGAAAGAGGCAGAUAUGCAACAGAAGAAAGAACCUGUUCAGGAUGACUCGGAUCUGGACCGCAAACGCCGAGAGACGGAAGCUUUGCUGCAAAGCAUUGGCAUAUCGCCGGAGCCCCCUCUAGUCCCAACCCCUAUGUCUCCCUCUUCGAAAUCAGUGAGCACUCCCAGUGAAGCUGGAAGCCAAGACUCGGGCGAUCUGGGGCCAUUAACAAGAAGAAGACUGCACAAGCUGGGUGUAUCCAAGGUCACCCAGGUGGAUUUCCUGCCCAGGGAAGUAGUGUCCUACUCCAAGGAGACACAGACUCCUCUUGCGACUCAUCAGUCUGAAGAGGAUGAGGAAGAUGAGGAGAUGGUGGAACCCAAAAUUGGUCACGAUUCUGAACUGGAUAAUCAAGACAAAAAGCAAGAAGUGAAAGAAGCCCCUCCAAGGGAGCUGACGGAGGAAGAAAAACAGCAGAUCCUGCACUCGGAGGAAUUCCUCAUCUUCUUUGACCGAACAAUCCGAGUGAUUGAGAGAGCACUAGCUGAGGAUUCUGACAUCUUUUUUGACUACAGCGGUCGAGAGCUGGAGGAGAAAGACGGGGAUGUGCAGGCUGGAGCCAACCUUUCUUUCAAUCGUCAGUUCUAUGAUGAGCAUUGGUCCAAGCAUCGAGUGGUCACGUGUAUGGACUGGUCUCUCCAGUACCCUGAGCUGAUGGUCGCUUCUUACAACAACAAUGAAGAUGCUCCCCAUGAACCAGAUGGCGUGGCCUUGGUUUGGAACAUGAAGUUCAAGAAAACCACACCAGAAUAUGUCUUCCACUGUCAGUCCUCGGUGAUGUCAGUCUGCUUUGCCCGUUUUCAUCCGAAUUUGGUGGUUGGUGGCACCUAUUCAGGCCAGAUUGUCCUCUGGGACAAUCGCAGUCAUCGAAGGACCCCUGUCCAGCGGACCCCCUUGUCAGCUGCUGCACAUACACACCCUGUGUACUGUGUCAAUGUUGUCGGGACCCAGAAUGCUCACAACCUCAUCACUGUCUCUACCGAUGGCAAAAUGUGUUCCUGGAGCCUGGACAUGCUCUCAACCCCACAGGAGAGCAUGGAGCUGGUGUACAAUAAGUCCAAGCCUGUCGCUGUUACGGGAAUGGCUUUCCCGACGGGAGACGUCAACAACUUCGUGGUUGGCAGUGAAGAAGGUACCGUCUACACAGCUUGUCGUCACGGAAGCAAAGCAGGCAUCGGUGAGGUCUUUGAAGGUCACCAAGGGCCAGUGACAGGAAUUAACUGCCACAUGGCAGUGGGCCCCAUCGACUUUUCUCAUCUGUUUGUCACAUCGUCAUUUGACUGGACUGUCAAACUGUGGACCACAAAGCACAACAAGCCGCUCUACUCCUUUGAAGACAAUGCAGACUAUGUGUACGAUGUCAUGUGGUCCCCUGUGCAUCCCGCGCUCUUUGCCUGCGUGGACGGGAUGGGGCGCUUGGACCUCUGGAACCUCAACAGUGACACUGAGGUACCAACAGCAAGUGUGGCCAUUGAGGGGGCGUCAGCCCUAAACCGUGUUCGUUGGGCACAAGGUGGCAAAGAAGUUGCUGUGGGAGACUCAGAAGGCCGUAUUUGGAUCUACGAUGUUGGAGAGCUGGCGGUUCCCCACAAUGAUGAAUGGACGCGAUUUGCCAGGACCCUGGUGGAGAUCCGCGCCAACCGGGCUGACAGCGAGGAGGAAGGCGCUGUUGAGUUAGCUGCGUAGAUGUGAGAGGAGCCUGCGACCCCCCCCCAGCCCCCUGUGCCCCACCCAUGCUUCCAUGCUAGAACUCAGAGUCUGCAGUCAAGGCCUCCGUGCUGUGUUUGGUGUCCUUUCAAGUAUCAGUGUCUCUGUGGCAUUUUAGGGGCCACGUUGUGCAGUGUCAUCCCAUAUACUCCACAUGUAUCUACUCACCCAACAUCCGCCCCAGCAUUUCUAUCUCUGUGUCUCUGUCUCAAAAACAAAAGGGGGAGGGAACCCUUAGGGGCUUAGUUGUUGCCUUUUAACUACUUGGUAGCUGUGUUUAAUAGCUGGAAACCUCUGGUUGAAUUUGUGCUUACAUGUACUUCUGGCAUAGUCCUAUUAAAUCCAUAUGAAGCCAGAUAUGAUUGGGUGCAGAUGUGGCGUGCCUCGUGAUAUGGUACAGGGCCAAAGACUCGAGAUGUGGUGUUUUACAUGGUGACUCACAUUAUGAAUGGAUUUACUACAAGAACAUUGCUGCUCCUUAUUUAUUGUAACGUGCUGCAUGGAACGUAUUUAUUUGAAAGCAUUAAAAUAAACGAUCUUAGAGCAUGUGCGUAAUGAGA